GGGGGUUGUGCACAAAAAAGCGAAUUUUAUUCACUUCUACUUUUGUUAUUUUUCCCCCCCACUCAACACUCAACUCACCUCAUCUUAAUUUUAUCCAACCAUUUUACUCAUUACACCACUCAACUCAAUUCAACUCAAUCAAAAAUCUUUUUUUUUUUCUUUACUAAAUUUUUUCAAUUUUUAUCAUUUUUCUCUCUCCUCUUUCUCAAUACUGUGUCUCUCUGCCACAUAUCACAGGCUCACACCAGCUGCUGCUCCCUUUCUUUCUUUCUCUCUCCUCUCUUCAGUAUCAAUAGCAGCUACAGUCUGCACUGCCAAAGCAACACUCUUUUUUUGCAGAUCAAAACAAUGAGAAAAAAGAAACCUAAUUACAUCACCAACACCUCAAUCCAAACAUAAAAACCCAAAAAAACUACUAAAUUCUUCAACUUUUUUUAUUUUUUUUGUUGCUCUAACUCUAAAACACAAAAACUCUCUAAAAAGUAAAAAGAUUGAAUUUUUCUACUUUGUUUUGAAAUUCUAGUGUAUACCCAUUUCAUAAAAUCAAAAACCCAUAAAAAAUCAUCAUUCUGAUUUUGAUUUGACACCUUAAAUCUCAAAAAAUAAAACACCCAGCAACUUCAUUUUAGAGAGAGAAAGUGUGUUUCUUUCUUUAUUUCUUCUUCUUUUAGCAAUGCAGUGUGUUUGCAGGUUAAGUACCUGUCUUACCUAAGUUUAGUCUCCUUGUAGCAAUUUUCACAAUCUCCUAUUUUACCCUUCACCUCUUCUUUCUCUCUCCUCUUAUUUUACUCUUCUUCUUCUUCAUCAUCUUCUUCUUCAUUUUCCUGUAAUAAUUUUCUGGGUUGUAUUGUAUAUGAUGGGUGUCUUAAUUGACUUAAACACUGUGAAUGAAGAUGAAGAAGACAAUUACCAAAAUACCCAAAAUUUUCAAGACCAAAACUUUAAUCUCUCUCCUCAAAAUCCUUCAUCUUCUGUUUGUAUGGAGUUAUGGCAUGCUUGUGCUGGUCCACUAAUCUCUUUACCCAAAAAGGGUAGUUUGGUAGUUUACUUACCUCAAGGUCACCUUGAAGAACAGCAGCAUAAUAAUAUGCCUGAAUUUGAUUUUUCUUGUGGGGUUAAUAGUAGUAAUAAUAUUCAUAAUCAUAAUACUUUUGAUUCCCACCAUAACAAUAUUCCUCCUCACGUGUUCUGUCGUGUUCUUGAUGUUAAACUUCAUGCGGAAGUUGCAACAGAUGAGGUUUAUGCUCAAGUUUCUCUAAUCCCAGAGAGCCAGCAGAUUGAGGAGAAAAUGAGAGAAAGUGAGACUGAUGUUGAGGGGGAUGAAGAGGAUUUUGAGGAUGUUGUUAAGUCUACAACACCACACAUGUUCUGCAAGACACUCACUGCUUCUGAUACCAGCACUCAUGGGGGAUUCUCUGUCCCUCGUCGUGCUGCCGAGGACUGCUUCCCUCCCCUGGAUUACAAGCAGCAGAGGCCAUCUCAGGAGCUUGUUGCAAAAGAUUUGCAUGGACUAGAGUGGAGGUUUAGGCACAUUUACAGAGGCCAGCCGAGGAGGCAUUUGCUAACGACAGGGUGGAGUGCUUUUGUAAACAAGAAAAAGUUAGUUUCUGGAGAUGCAGUGCUCUUCCUCAGAGGUGCUGAUGGAGAGUUACGGUUAGGAAUCCGAAGAGCAGUUCAAUUGAAAGGGCCUGCCGCUUUUCCUGCUCUUGCCUCUAGACCUGUCAAUAACGGUGUGACAGCUGCAUUUGACGCCAUAUCUUCUCGACGUGUGUUUAAUGUCUGCUACAACCCAAGGGCAAGCUCCUCUGAGUUCGUUGUACCAUUGCGGAGGUUCUUGAGGAGUAUGGAUAAUUCUUUCAACGUGGGAAUGAGAUUCAAAAUGCGCUUUGAGGCUGAAGAUGCUGGUGAAAGAAGGUACACUGGAGUUGUCACUGGAAUGGCUGAGUUGGAUCCUAUUAGAUGGCCUGGUUCAAAAUGGAGAUGCUUAAUGGUAAGGUGGGAUGAUGUAGAGGUGAACCGCCAUGGCAGAGUUUCUCCAUGGGAGAUUGAACCAACUGGUUCAUUUCCGAGUCCCAGCAGCAUGAUGGCAUCUGGUCUAAAGAGGAGCAGAAUUGGUUUGCCAUUAACAAAACCAGAUUUUCCGGUUCCAAGUGGAGUCGGAAUGCCGGACUUUGGGGAUUCAUUGGGAUUCCGGAAGGUCUUGCAAGGUCAAGAAAAAUUGGGUUCUCGUUCUGCCUGUGAUGGUAAUGACAACAACCCUCAUCUCUCCCCAUCUGAACCAGGAAGAUGCUUUCCCAGCUCCAUUCCCUCAGGUGGUGAUUUUGGCAGGACUGCCAAAGGCAUAGGCUUCAGGGAAUCAUUCCGAUUCCAGAGGGUCUUGCAAGGUCAAGAAAUACAUCAUCUAAGCCCGGCUCAUAUAGAUGGUUUCACAUCAUCAGCCAACCGGAGACAUGAUGGUGGUGGGCCCCUCGAAAUUUUCGAGGGUGUCCAAGUUCCUAACUGUGGAAACAGAUGGCUAAAGGCACAAGUAUCUUCACCAUCCUCCGUAUUAAUGUUCCCACAUACAAGCAUUCAACAAGCUCGAUGCUUCAGAUCUCCUGUUGGGCAACCCAGGUUAAUGAACAUGGAACAUAUGAAUUAUUCUACCGUUCCUGCCGCAUACUCUUCGCUCUCCAAAGGCAGUGAUGAGUUGGCUCCUGCAGGUAAAGCUAGCUGUAGGCUGUUCGGUUUUUCUCUCACUGAGGGAGAACACCGGGUGGAUAAAGAGAGAAAACAUAGCUCGUUUCCACCUCCCGAAACUUCAUUUUGGCCUCUUGUUGAAGGGCAGCCUUGCUACAAGUCUUCAUCAGCAACCAAAGUUGUAAGCAGCUGUCCUGGAGUAAAUGAUCUAUAUGCUGUAAGAGAUAUGCUUCUUGAUAUCGCUCUGUGAUAGUAAGAACUGCUCUUUUGCAAAAUUCAGACCACGUUGGGGCUUCCAGUCGUUCGAUGAACCCAGUGACAGUUUCCAAGUGAAAUCUGCAAAACGCUUUGGUGCAAUAUUGGUCUUUUAAGUCAGAUGAAAAAAAGCCUCAGGAUAAUUUACUCAAGUUAUUUAAGUUGUAUUAAAAGAAAAGGAUUUGUAAUUGUCUAACUUGCUUUUUAGUGUAGACAAAAUCUAAUUAUGCAUGUAUGAAUUCUUUUCUUUGAAGAUUGGAUUGUAAUAUCAACCACAAUUCACAUGUUGUUACCCAGAUAAGUCUGUAAUGUGUGUUUAUUGCCAGAA